AUAAAGACAGUCCUCUGCUUAGAUGCCUCAGCCUGAAUGAUCGAGUGCCUGCUGAGGAGGGUCCCACUCACCUACCUACAUCAGGACCAUGUGUGACCAGCAGCAGAUUCAGUGUUGCCUGCCACUCCCCCAGUGCUGUGUCAAGGGUUCCUCCUUCGGCCCCUCCCAGUUCCCCUAUGCCAAUAACCAGGUGCUGGUUCAAGCCCCUUAUGAGAUGCAAAUUUUGGAGUGUCCUGCACUAUGCCCAGUUCAAAUUUCCCAGACUCCAUGCCAGUCUAAGACUACGGAGGUGAAGAGCCAAGUUUCAAGCCAGUCUAAGACCACCCAGGUGAAGAGCCAGGCUUCAGGCAAAUCUAAAACCACACAGGUGAAGAACCAGGAUCCAUGCCAGUCUAAGACCACCCAGGUGAAGUGCCAGGCUCCCUCCCAGACACAAAUUUCCUGUGUUCAAUGCCAGGCUCCAAACCAGUCUGAGGUUUCCUACGUGCAAUACGAAGUCCCAUGCCCUACUCAGACUUGCUAUGUACAAUGUGCUCCAGUUUGUUAUACUGAAACUCGUUAUGUGGAAUACCCAGUCCAAACCUAUGUACCGGCUCCAGCUCCUCAGCCUGUCCAUACUUAUGUAGAAUGUACCCCAGUGAGCCAGACUCAGGGAAGCUUCUCCACCCAGUGCCAGUAUCAAGGCUCCUAUAGCAACUGCGGUCCCCAAGUCCAGUCUCGGGCUUCCUAUGGCAACUGCGCCCCCCAGCGUCAGUCCCAGGCUUCCUACAACAGCUGCGCCUCCCAGUUCCAGUCUCGGGCUUCCUACAGCAGCUGUGCCCCGCAGCGUCAGUCCCAGGCUUCCUACAACAGCUGUGCCCCUCAGUACCAGUCGAGGGCUUCCUACGAUAGCCGCGCUCCCCAGCAACAAUCGCAGGCUUCAUUUAGCACUUGUGCACCCCAGUGCCAGGCCCAGGGUUCAUAUGGAAGCUACUCCGGGCAACGUCGGUCUCAAAGCAUAGGCCGAUGCCUCCCUCCUCGCCGGCUGCAACCUUCUUACCGCAGCUGUUCCCCGCCACGACGUUCUGAGCCCUGUUACAGCAGCUGCCUGCCAUCACGGUGCCCUUCAGGUUCCUACAACUACUGUACCCCACCCCGCCGCUCUGAACCCAUCUACAACAGCCACUGUCCUCGAGGCCGCACUUCAAGCUGCUCUCAGAGAUGUGGACCCAAGUGCCGAGUAGAGAUCUCCUCCCCGUGCUGCCCCAGGCAAGUUCCGCCACAAAGAUGUCCUGUUCAGAUUCCUCCCAUCAGAGGCUGCUCUCAGAGCUGUGCCCCACAAUCCUCUUGUGGAGCUUCCUGCCCAGAUCUGAGGCCACGUGUAGAGCCACGUCCAUUCCCAAGGUCCUGUCCACCACAGCGCAUUGACCGAUAUCCAGAGCCAUCUAGGCAGCGAUGCCCUCUUCCUGCUCCGCGUCCAUGGCCUCGCCCAGAACCAUGCACAAUUCCAGAACCCCGCCCACGUCCCCCAGUACGGCGAUUUUCAGAACCUUGUUUGAGUCCGGAACCACGAGCAGCUCCAUGUCCUGCUCCAUGCCCAGCUCCACGCCCAGCUCCACGUCCAGCUCCAAGACCUCGCCCUGUGCAGUGUGAGAAUCCAGGGCCACGUCCAUGUCCACAACCCUGUGAGCGUUCAGAGCCAAUUCCCCUUCCAGCACCCUGCUCAAGCUCAGAGCCAUGUGGGGAACCUAUUAGAUGUCCCAGUCCCUGCUCCAGCCCAAAUCCAAUUCCAUUCCCACAAGACCUAGGCUGUCAUGAGUCCAAUCCAUGCCGUUUAGACACGGAAGGCCCCAGCUAUGGCCCAUAUAGUUGCAACCAGGGGCAAGAGAGUGGCCCAGGCUGUGGACCUGGUGAUGUGUUUCCAGAGCCACAGGGUAUAGGUGGUUGUGGAGACCAAGGAAAUACCUUUGCUGGUGUGAAAGGUGGGGCUUACUCAGGAGCAAAGGGUGCCUAUUUUUAAAGGGACUGAGAUGCCCCCUAUCUCCUGCUUGGAAAAUCUUGCUCUUCCUCUCCCUCUUCUGCAGCAACAAUUUCCAAUGUGUUCUUAUUUGCAUCUCUCCAAAGACUUGUAAAGUCUCCCUGCUUCAAAGGUGAUGUACAAACUCCUUUUCAAAUGAUCUGAGGUUCCAACCCUUGGUCUUAGACAUCUCUCCAGCAUCACAUUGACUCCUUCCCUAUACACAUCUUCAACCAUAGCCAGACCAGCCAGGCCACCAGGGUGCUUGGAUAUUCCUUAUAACAUUCCUUAGGUGUCCUUGCCUCCAAACCUCUGCUCACUCCUUCUCCUUCUGCUUGAAUCAUUUCUCUCCAGUUACCCAGCAUCUAAAAUCUAGCCAAUCUUUCCGUGUCUCUUCCUUGGACCUUUCUGCCUGUCCCCAGCCUUAGGAACCUGUUCUAUUUCCUAGGACUUGUUGCUCUGGCCAUGCUAUCCAUUUGACAACUGCUUUGCAACAUUUCUUGAACGGUUUUUUACUUUUCAGGUGUGUCUGCUUUAUAUGCCCAGCUAGAUUGUAAACUCCCAUCCAAGUAGAGUCAAAAUAUCCCUAAAUUUCUGUGCCUAUCUUGGGACAGGCAACUAUUCACCAAGACUUGUGGGUCAGCAGCUUGAGUCAUGUUCUAUCCUGAUGGACAACUGUAGAAACUGAGGCAAGAGGAGUCCACAUAGCAAUAAAGAUCUUGAUAAAUUCGC